AUGCAAGCUCAGCUCAAGAAAGCACCGGUAUCAGCUGAUGAGGUACAACAGGUGUUGAAUACCACGGGCCAAGAGGAAUUACUUCAAGUCAUCGUGGCGAAGCUGCAGCAUGGCAGCGACGAUAAAAGGCCAGUGCCAACCACUGACGGUGCAAUGAGAAGCUACCAGGAUGGCUUACCAACUCCAAAGGAGCCAGUUAGCAAUCCACUCGCACUCCUGGCGGACGCAUCUAGCGCAGCACAGCCAUUGACGCCGUCGCUGGAUCUACCAUGUACUACAAGUGGAGGCCCGGUGCUCCUCCAGCACUCAGUCUACGCGUCCCUAGGUCUGCAGCUAAGUCGACACACAUUGGAAGAGGGCCUCAGUGCCAUUUAUGAUACCACACUGCCCAUCCUGUCCCAAUCAAAUUAUUUUCGACCUCCUGAUGCGGAUCCAUCUCGAGAUGUCGGCCCAGAUCUGGAUCCUAUUGAGCUGGGGCUAUUAUCGUUAGAGGAUGCGCAAAAUUUGUUUUCAAUCUAUUUCGUCCGCUUACACCCCAUCAACGGCAUUCUUGACCCAAUUCUUCACACCGUCGACUAUGUGCGCUCUCGCUCCGCUCUCCUCUUCACAUGGAUUCUGGCCAUUACGGCUCAAUUCGAUCACCAGUCUGCAUCGUACGCCAAACGCCUGCGCCUUCACGGCGAGAACCUCUCGCGACAUGUCCACACAUCUGGGUACAAGUCAGUCGAAAUCGUCCAAGGAUACUACAUUUCGCUUCUCUCUGCUACCCCUGCCCCGACAUUGUCUGAGGAACGCUCAUGGCUCUACACCUCCUACGCCGUCGCCGUCGCCACUGAGCUAGGCUUAGACCAGGUUAGUCCUUCGAACACUCUUGCCUCCGACUCGAUCAUGUCCCAGCAACAGGCGCGUAAUCACGAACGCACUUGGCUGCGCAUCCUCCUGUGGGAACGCGCUACCAGCGCCGCUUACGGGCGAGCAACUGCCUUUCCCGAGUCCCCCCUUACCCGGAAUAUUCAGAAAUGGUGGCUGCACCCUCUUGCCGAUUCUACCGACAAGGACACAUGUGCCUUUAUUCUUCUCCGUCGACAUCUAGCAGACCUUCAUCAUAUCCUGCACCAGCAAGCCUCUUUCACCCACGACAACCCCCACUGGGUCCGCGAUCUCGUGGACUCUAUUCUAGACCCGUGGCAAAUUACCUGGCUUCCUGGGUGUACUUCAAAAGCCGUCACCCCCUCUCUCAACAUAUCCACAGCCUUCCUCACGUACGUAUAUCUACAUAACCGUCUCUGGAUGCUCUCUUUCGCCCUGAAUACCUCAACUAUCCACUCCCACGCCCUCCAAGAAGACUGCUUUACAGCCGCGGUUCAAUGUUGUACCCUCGCUGUCCACGAUCUCCAAUCAAUUGGUGAACCUCUGUACUGUCUUCUCUCCCCAUCUUGGGCGAUGAUCGCCUACGCCGCCGCUCUCGCCCUCAGACUCUUCCCCACCUUGUAUGAUACCCAUGCCGACGAUGAGGGCGAGUUGCUAGGGCUGCUAGGGCAGGUAGCCCUGCAGCUAGAGAAGGCUGGAAGCACCCCGUCUCAUAGAAUUGGAAUUGCGUCCGUGCUCGGGAGGCAUUUGCUUAGUGUCUUACGGGCCAAAGUUGGGACGGGGAUUGGGCCUGGCGUUGUUGCGGAUAGCGGGCUGCACUUUUCAUCCGAAUCAGGUCUGGUGGGGAGCAGCUGCGAUCCGGUCUUGGGAUCUGUUGCGAUGCGACUGGAUGAAGGGUUUGCGGAUGUGUUUCGGGAGGUGUUCGGGCCGGGGUGGGGGCUGGGGAUGGAAUGA